AUGGAUUUGGAACAAACUGAUUCACCACAAGAAAAUAUUCGUUCGUCUUAUCCAACAUCUACACAAUCAACUGAUGAUGGUAAAAUUCCAGUACGAUAUUAUCAAAAACGAAAAUCGAGUGGAAUUGGUGCUUUAAUAUUUUUAUGUUUAACUCGACCUUUUCAUUUUCUUUACAUUCAUGUCUAUAAAAAUCCAAUUCCUUGGGCAAUUCUAAUAGGUCCAAAAGGAAGACAACCAAUGGGUUUUUAA